GAUGAUUUCCGUUUUCCUGUAAGUUUGAUAAUUUGUACUUGUAUGUUACACGCCAUAUCAGACCAUAUCCUUUAUCCUGUCACCACUUAGAGCAUUGUCUUAUGUUACAGGUACUCCAUGACUUCGUCUGUAAUCUAUGAAGCGUUUUACUUGUCUUUCUUCUAAAGACAGACGGAUUGAGUCCCUCGGAGAGUCGAAAGGUUGCUAUUGAUGGUUCUAUGUGCAUCUAUCAGUUUCUUAUUGCUGUGCGUCAGGAUGGAAAUCAGUUAAUGUCCGAGGAUGGUGAAACUACCAGCCAUUUGAUGGGAAUGUUUUACCGGACAAUCCGCAUGGUUGAGAAUGGUAUCAAGCCAGUCUACGUAUUUGAUGGAAAGCCACCAGACAUGAAAUCAGGGGAGCUGGCCAAGAGAAAAGAAAAACGUGAUGAGGCACAGAAAGCUUUAGCUGAAGCUGAGGAAAAAGGUGAUGUAGAAAACAUUGAAAAAUUCAGCAAAAGAUUGGUGAAGAUGAACAAAGGACAUAUAGAUGACUGUAAAGUUCUUCUAACACACAUGGGGAUCCCUUACAUUGAGGCUCCUGGUGAGGCAGAGGCCCAGUGUGCAGCUUUGGUGAAAGCAGGAAAAGUUUUCGCCACCAGUACAGAAGAUAUGGACGCCCUCACAUUUGGUACCAAUGUGCUUCUGAGGAACCUUACCGUCAGUGAGGCCAGGAAAUUGCCAAUUAAAGAAUAUUAUUACAGUAAAAUUUUAGAAGAAAUUGGAUUAAAUAAGGAUGAAUUCAUCGAUUUAUGCAUACUGUUAGGCUGUGACUACUGCGAGUCAAUUCGUGGUAUUGGACCUAAACGAGCGAUUGAUCUGAUCAAACAGCACAAAAGCAUUGAAGAAAUACUGAAACAUUUAGACACAAAGAAAUACACAGUUCCAGAAGACUGGAUGUUCAAGGAAGCACGACGGUUAUUCCAGGAGCCAGAUGUGGCAGAACCUGAUGAUAUAGAUCUCAAAUGGUCAGAGCCAGAUGAGGAUGGUUUAAUAAAGUUUAUGUGUGAGGAGAAGAAUUUCAGCGAGGACAGAAUGAGAAAUGGAAUGAAGAAGCUAACAAAGGCCCGUCAAGGGACCACUCAGGGUCGACUAGACUCUUUUUUCUCUGUUGUGUCAUCAACAACAUCAUCAACGAAAAAACGAAAAAUGGAUGAACAAAAAGGAUCAUCAAAAAAGAAGGGUCGAGGAGGUGGUGGAUUUAAACGGGGAAAAUAGGUCACCAUGUUUCAGUUAUUACACAAUGCAGUUAGCUCUGAUGGAAGAGGAAGUAACUGUGUGCACAUUCCUGGAGACAAAGUGAUAGGUUGAUUUACUGUAAACUGUCAGAAAACAUCAGACAUCGAGUAUAAUUAACAAAUAAUUCAUGGUCUUGCUGGUAGAACAGGUACCUUUUACACUUUUUGGGAAGCAAUCCCAGUAUCAUAUUUGCUGUAGUCAGAUGCUGUUUGGAAGAACAUUGGCUAACAAAAUAUUUGUAAAUCUGGUGUAAAUCAAUGUAAACACAUUAGAUCAUUGUUAAUAUCUACAGUCUAAGGAGAAACUACUACUCAAUUUUACAUGGUCAUGGAUUAUUUUGAAAGAUACUCACUGGAUGUUGAAGAAAUCAGUAUCUUUAUGAUAAAUAUGACUACCGGUAAAUAGAAGAAAGUAGAUUAAGAUUCAACUGUCUUUAUGCAAGGGUUGUAGAAGGAUGUUUUAGUAGUUAGAAAGGAUCCCAUCCUUAUUAACUCACUCAGCUAAAAGGUCAUUCAUAACUGACUCCAUAAUCAGCUCGGCUGAUUGUUUCUACUCCAAAAUUUCACAAUGACAUAAUCUUUUAACAAAAUUUUUAACAGUUUAGUAAAAGAUCUUUAGACACACUGUACCCAGUUCACUGAACAGGUCCUCUCAAUCAAAGGUAAUCACCUCGUAAUCACCUCAUCUGAUUGGAUGAUUACUGUCUUCCUACUUCAUAGGUACUCGCCAUACAGAUGAUAAUUAGAGUUUGCUUACUUACCAUGCCAUUCCAUCAAAUAUCUAAGAUAUUCGGAUCUGAUUCCUUCAGAGACAUUGAUUGAUAGUUUCCUCAGAAUCUCAUCACUUUCUAACUCCAUGAAGUGAUAACUUGGUGUUGUAUAACUCUUUAUACUAUUUGGCAUUUUAUGUACUGACCAUAGUACUGUUGUUGAAUAUAAUAAGAUAUUUACCUAUAAAACGUGUCUUUAAUGAGAGAUGUGUUGGUCGUUAAUGAUAACUACACUAUCAUGUAUGUGAGAUGUGUUGGUCGUUAAUGAUAACUACACUAUCAUGUAUAUGAGAGUUAAUGAUAACUACACUAUCAUGUUUGUGAGACGUGUUGGUCGUUAAUGAUAACUACACUAUCAUGUAUGUGAGACGUGUUGGUCGUUAAUGAUAAUUACACUAUCAUGUAUGUGAGACGUGUUGGUCGUUAAUGAUAAUUACACUAUCAUGUAUGUGAGACGUGUUGGUCGUUAAUGAUAAUUACACUAUCAUGUAUGUGAGACGUGUUGGUCGUUAAUGAUAACUACACUAUCAUGUCUGUGAGAUGUGUUGGUCGUUAAUGAUAAUUACACUAUCAUGUAUGUGAGAUGUGUCGGUCGUUAAUGAUAACUACACUAUCAUGUAUGUGAGAUGUGUCGGUCGUUAAUGAUAACUACACUAUCAUGUAUGUGAGAUGUGUUGGUCGUUAAUAAUAACUACACUAUCAUGUAUGUGAGACAUGUUGGUCGUUAAUGAUAACUACACUAUCAUGUUUGUGAGAUGUGUCGGUCGUUAAUGAUAACUACACUAUCAUGUAUGUGAGACGUGUCAGUCGUUAAUGAUAAUUACACUAUCAUGUUUGUGAGAUGUGUUGGUCGUUAAUGAUAACUACACUAUCAUGUAUGUGAGACGUGUUGGUCGUUAAUGAUAACUACACUAUCAUGUUUGUGAGACGUGUCGGUCGUUAAUGAUAACUACACUAUCAUGUAUGUGAGACGUGUCGGUCGUUAAUGAUAACUACACUAUCAUGUAUGUGAGACGUGUUGGUCGUUAAUGAUAACUACACUAUCAUGUAUAUGAGAGUUAAUGAUAACUACACUAUCAUGUAUGUGAGACGUGUCGGUCGUUAAUGAUAACUACACUAUCAUGUAUAUGAGAGUUAAUGAUAACUACACUAUCAUGUAUGUGAGACGUGUCGGUCGUUAAUGAUAACUACACUAUCAUGUAUGUGAGACGUGUUGGUCGUUAAUGAUAACUACACUAUCAUGUAUGUGAGACGUGUUGGUCGUUAAUGAUAACUACACUAUCAUGUAUGUGAGACGUGUCGGUCGUUAAUGAUAACUACACUAUCAUGUAUGUGAGACGUGUCGGUCGUUAAUGAUAACUACACUAUCAUGUUUGUGAGACGUGUUGGUCGUUAAUGAUAACUACACUGUCAUGUUUGUGAGACGUGUUGGUCGUUAAUGAUCCUGUAUGUGAGAAUUUAUUGUAUAGUUAUUCUCUGUCACCUUUUGUUGAAUACACUGACAACUACAUACUGAU